UUUCUUUGCUUGUUUGAGUUCUAGUCCAAGGACAACUUUGACAACUAGUUUUCAUUGACAUAUUUGACACUUCUUUAAGUCCAUUUCGCCUCCCAGUGGCAUUAUACGCGUUUAGUCGUAACUCAAAUAAGCGCAACGAUGUCGGGAGGAUUAGACGUGCUCGCCCUCAACGAGGAAGAUGUCACCAAAAUGCUUGCUGCAACCACCCAUCUUGGGGCAGAAAAUGUUAACUUCCAGAUGGAGACCUAUGUCUACAAACGACGUGCUGAUGGUACCCAUGUGAUCAACUUGCGUCGUACCUGGGAAAAACUUGUUCUGGCUGCUCGUGCUGUCGUAGCCAUCGAGAACCCCGCUGAUGUGUUCGUCAUCUCAUCACGGCCCUUCGGUCAGCGUGCUGUACUGAAGUUUGCCGCGCACACCGGUGCUACGCCUAUUGCGGGACGUUUCACACCAGGUGCUUUUACUAACCAGAUCCAAGCUGCAUUCCGUGAACCUCGUCUCUUGAUUGUAUUGGACCCUGCACAAGACCAUCAACCCAUUACUGAAGCUUCAUAUGUCAACAUUCCUGUGAUUGCUUUGUGCAACACAGACUCCCCACUAAGAUUUGUGGACAUUGCUAUCCCAUGCAACACCAAGUCUUCCCACUCUAUUGGUUUGAUGUGGUGGUUGUUGGCACGUGAAGUGUUGAGGCUUCGUGGUGUGCUUCCCCGUGACCAGCGCUGGGAUGUUGUGGUUGAUUUGUUCUUCUACCGUGACCCUGAAGAAAGUGAAAAGGAUGAACAACAAGCCAAGGAACAGGCUGUGGUACCAGCUAAACCAGAAGUAGUUGCUCCUGUCCAUGAAGACUGGAAUGAAACACUGGAGCCAGUGGCUUCAUGGGCUGAAGAUACCGCCCCGCCUGCUGCACCCGCUGCAGCUCCUGCUUUUGGAGCACCCCCUGCUCAAGAAGAAUGGUCUGCCCAGGUACAAGAUGAGUGGAGCACAACUGCCGCCGCACCAGCCGCCGCCACCGCAGCGCCCUCGUGGGGUGGAUCCGCUCAAGACUGGAGUGCUGCAUAAAUACUCUGCACUGGCUAAUAAUAUUACAUGAAAGCCA